UGUACUUUUAAGCUGUACCCGCCUUGUCACACAGGAGUUGGAAUACGUAGGAAGAAGGGGUUCGCGUCUGAGAUGGAUCCUGUGGAUAUAAAAGUGGAACUUGGACCUAAAGAACUGUUCAGUAUCACAAAACUAUUGGAUAAGGUGGACUGGACAGAACCAUGGAUCAUCAUGCUCUUGGUAUUUCAUGGAUUCGUUACUGUCUUGGCUGUAGCGACUCGUAAUCAUGGAAAUAUUCAAGCAGCUUUAUUUUGCAUACUAUUGUUAAUGGUCUACUUCUCUGAGGUCUUGAAUGAAUGGGCAGCCAGGAACUGGAGGCUCUUUGCCAGAGACCAGUAUUUUGAUAGCAGAGGGACCUUCUUUUCCACCAUGAUUGCUGCUCCAUUGCUGCUUAAUUGUCUAUUUCUUGUGGGUCACUGGCUGUGGAUCUCUGGGACCUUGUUGAUAAAAGCAAAACAAUCCCAGUUUAGGAGCAAUCUUCAUCGUCAACACACUCCUAGUGGUAACAGUCAUUACAGACAAGCCCACGGUAGUGAUAGCAGCUCCAAAAGUGACGUAUCGGACUCUUCCAGCCAUGAAUAGUGUGAAUAGGAUGUUUGUGUAGUGACAGCCAUUACAGAUAAGUCCACAGUUGCAAUAGUAGCUCCAAAAGUGACAACUUUAUGUAACCAUGAAAAGCUGUUUGAGGUCAUGGAAGAGGUUUUUUUUUAUAUACACUAAGUAUUGUAUAAACAAAUAUUUCUAAAUUAUUUAUGGUUAAAGCAAACAUACUUCUAAAGGUUUUGUUUAAACAGUGAAAACUAGGCUUGGCAUAAAACAAGAGAAGAGACAUAUACACAUGUGAAUUACAGUAGUAAAACAUAAUCUUCUUUGAUGGUAUGUCAUCUUUAAUCUUAACACACAUUUCUGAUUUUGUAUAGCAGAACUAUGUAUGUAAAGAGAUAUAAAUAUUAAUAGAAUUCAUGCUAAAGAACUCCAAGAAACAGCCAAAAGAAUCAUCUGGUAGUUUUUGUUUGGCAUGAAACUGUGUUUUUUAUUGGAAAGUUCUUAAGAUGGUUUGGAAUUAAGUGAACUGUGAGUGAGAUGGGUAACUCUGAUUCAGUAUAUGUAGUGUUUUUUAUGUUAAGCAUAAUUUUAGAGGGUAGUAUAAUAUAACAGGCACUGUAACAUCGUGGGAAAAAUACAUGUAUCAGUCUUCCUGUUGUAACUUAAACUUGUAGAAUUCCAUUCCAUACAUCAGUGCAAUAACAAAAAAGAACAGACGCAAGCUCAAAUGUUCUGAGGUAAAUUUCAGACAGGUGUAAAGAUGUUAGUUUUAAGUAUUUAAUAUAAAUAUAUAUUUUAGAUAAAGUCCUUCUAGAGGUCAAAGUUUAUAUGGUUUUAGACCACCUGAAUAAUAAUAAUAUUUGUGUACUUAAUGCAUUGUCUCA